AAAAUUUGCUGUACCAUUUAAUUAUUCUUAAUACCUAGAUAUAAUAUAUCUCUCUCUCUAUAUAUAUUGUAUAGGGUGGUGUGUGAGAUACAAGCUGAUUUUCACCUUCUCAAGCACAGUUUGGCCACUUGUAGUAAAGCCACUGAUGUGAAGUGGAUAUCCUCUGAUAUCGUACAGCACCUAUACGACGUUCAUAUAUAAACCUGUCGAGAAACAGCCCUUGAACUGACAUUGAACUGAUCAUUUAUAACAAAAAGAUUGAAACUGUGCACUGGAGAGGAGCCUGCUAGAUCUGCCCCAUGAUGCUCUCGAGAGCUGCAAAGUGUUCCUGCACUGGGGAGAGCUGUACAGACCUGCUGAGGACCUGGGGGCACACGCUGAUCCUACAUUAAAUGACAUUGCAUUCUGACAGCUGCAGCGCGUCCAAAGACAUCAAGCUGUCCAUAUAAGGGAGAGGAGGCCACGCCCACCGCUCCCUGUUGCAUAUAGGUAAGGAGAGCUCGGAGCUAGCAGGGUCCCCAUGAACACUGGGAGAACGAGAGAGACUUGAGUGAAGUGGGAAGGGAGAAAGGCUGCUGCCAGCCACACAGCUAGAGAGAGUGAGAGAGGACAGUACAGCUUCAGAGAGACUUUCCAGCGCAGUCAGGGUUCUGUACAGCGGGACGUGGUUUUGAGAAGGAAUGAUGAGUGACAGCGAGGAGGGUCCCUCCGGUGCGAAGCCACCUUCCCAGGCAGAGGCAGGAACAGAUGACCGGGCGUGCACCAAUGGGAAAGAGGAGAGCCCGGAGGUUGCCGUGGGAGAUGGCGAGGGGGCGGAGCUUGUCGAGGUGCAGGACGCAGCGUUUCCUGUCAAGAUCCAAGUGCCGGGGGUGGAGCUGUUUGAGCUGCAGGUGCGGGGCAGGGAGCUGGCUCAGUCACUGCUGCACGCUCUGGGGGAGCGUGAGGAGACGUGCCAGAGGACCUGCUAUUCUCUGCAGCUCCAGGGGGUGGCGCUGGACCCGCUGAGCGAGCUGGGGGCAGUGGAGGGGCUCGCACCCGGGGCUGUGCUCAGACUCAUAGAAGAGCCCUACUCUCUCCAGGACGCCCGGGUGCAUGUCGCCCGCCUUCAGGAGCUGCUGCGGAGCCUGGACCCUCAUGACGCCCUCCGUGGGAGGGCAGGGAGGUCCCUCAGCUUCCUGGCAAGCGUCGCCUCAGGGGGCUGCCAAGAAGAGGCUGUCCCUGGAAGCAGCGGGGUGAAGCCCCGGCGUCUGGGCUGUGAUCCUGCUGACUGCCCCCCUCCGGGACACAUCCUCCCCGGGUCCAAGGACCGGCCCCUCCUCCCUCUGCAGCCAGGCAGUGCGGACAGCAAGGCCGCCCCCUGCCUUCUGGCCCUGGCACUCAGCCGGUGGAGCCCGCCUCCAGGAAACAGGAAGUUACAUGGAGACCUGCUGUAUCUGAGCGUGCGCACGGUGGAGGGGCGGAGCGCUGACAUCACUUCCUGCCCGCGCGGCUUCUACAUUAACCAGUCCACCCCCGAGGAGUUUCACCCCCAAGCCGCCUCCCCCAGUCUGCUGAGCCACUCCCUCUCUGACCUGCUGGCCCAGCUCAGCCCGGCCUUCAAGAGGGGCUUCACUGCGCUGCUCCGAAAGAGGUUACAGCUUCACCCGCUAGAGAGAAUCGGCACGCCCUAUCAGACCUACAGCUGGACAGCCCCCAGUAUUGUGCACAGCACAGACUGGGACUCCUGCUGCUGGGAGGAGCAGGCUCCGGGGCAGACCCGGGAUUGGAACGAGGAGCUGCAGGCGUCCCGAGAGCUUCCCCAGACCAGCCUGGCUCAGAGGCUGCUCAGAGACCGGGCGUUAUUCAAGGUAAACAGUGACUUUGUGUCGAUAGCCGUGCGAGGGGCUGUGGCGGUGAUCGACGGCGGCGCUGCGCCCCUAAACCCCAGCGAGGACCCCCGUCUGCACGUCUUCCUGUGGGGGGGCGUGUUCCUGAGCCUGGCCGGCGAGGGGGGGUCUCUGGGAGGGGAGCGGGCGGCCCGGGCGGUCCCCAGGCUGGACCUGGCAGGGGUGCAGGCCUACAGCGGAGCGCAGGGGCUGCACACGCUCUCCACGGCGCUGCUGGAUUACCGGGGGUACCAGCUGAGCGCACAGGCCCUCGUCCCCGGCCUCCUGGAGCGAGAGGGAGACAAUCGUGUCUGCUACGGCGGCUCGGACUCCGGACGCGACCCCGCUGCCACCAGGAGGUUCCUGGAGCUGCUGGGCGUGGCCGCCAAGCCACUACGAAUCCAGAGACACAGUGUCCUGCAGCCCAGCGGCUCCGAGACCACCCUGUACACCUCCGCGGACUGCAAGGGCCUCGUGGGCAAUGACGGACGCUAUUACAUCCUGGACCUAUUCAAGACCUUCCCCCCGGACCUCAAUUUCCUCCCCCAGGGAGAGGGAGAGGGAGAGGGAGAGGGAGAGGGCUGGCCCCCAGGGUACACCUCUCUGGGAUUCCCCCGGGAGUUCCCACACAAACUCUGCCGUCUCAGGCCUGAGCUGGUGGAGAGUUUCAUCCAACACAAGUACACUCAGUUUAUGAACCUGGUGAUGGAGAGAAUGCAGGAGAGCCAGGAGAAGAAACAUGACGAUUCAGGAGAGGGAGUGAAAGGGGUCUCCCCAAAGGAUGCAGACCCCAGGGGAGUGGACGCAGUCCGGGCCGCCUGCAGGGACGUGGGGUCGGUGAGCAACAUCGUCUUCGAGAUCCGCUUCAACCCGGACGCGAGCGAGCCAGGGGUGCGUAUCCCGGACUCGGAGGGCGAGGCGCUGCGGCUACAAAGACGGCUGCUUAGGGAGGCCGCUGUGUUCCUGGUGACCGUGCAGAUCCCAGCCUUCGUCUCAGACUGCCUGCACCAGCUCACAGUUCCAGUAGAUGGCGCCACUCUGACCGAGGCGCUGCACCAGCGAGGGAUCAACCUGCGCUACAUGGGCCGGAUCGCGGAGCUCAUCAGCCAAUCAGAGAACAAGCAGCGUCUCCAGCAUGUCUAUAGACUCCUGAUCAGUGAGACUGUGACCCGCUCAGCCAGGCGCAUCCUCAACACCUACCUGCAGGGAGUGGAGCUGUCCAGUCUCUCCGCUGCGGUGAGUCACUUCCUGAACUGCCUGCUGUGUUCAUGCCUGUGUCCUGCGGCGCCCGCUAGCGUGGUGGAGCCAGGCUGGCGCAGACGGAGAUCUCGACGCAGGGGGCGCGCGGCAGGGGGGGGCAACGUGGACAGCAGUACCUGGACCUCACUGACCCCAGUCGAGCUCUGGCUGCAGAUCGGACUGGACGUCAGGGAGACCUUCGACCUCACCGCCAUCAUCGGUGACAAUGUUGACCACCUGGUGGAGCUGUAUGACCUGCAGAAAGUGACCCUACUGAGGGAGCUGUGUGUAAAAUCUGGGAUCCAGCUGCUGCUCCGAGAGUACAGCCUGGACAGUCGUCAAAAGCCCCCUUUCGCCCCGGAAGACGUCCUCAAUAUCUUCCCCGUUGUCAAGCGCCUCGCCACGGCAACCAGCGAUGGCACGCGAGUGUUCCACAGCGCCCAGGCCAGCCUGCAGCGCGGCUGUAUGAAGGAGGGGUACCAGCAGCUGCAGAAGGCUCUGAGUCUCUUCACAGAAGUGUGUGGCCCGCUGCACCGUGACACCUGCGCCUGCCUGCACUCCCUCGCCAAGAUGGCCUUCCUCAGCGGGCAGCGCACAGAGGCUGUGGGAGCCCAGCGCAGGGCUGUCAUCGUGAGCGAGAGGGUGAUGGGGUACGACCACCCCAACACCAUCAACGAAUACGUCCACCUGGCUCUGUAUCAGUUCUCAGAGGGCGGUGUGACGGCGGCGCUCCGGCUGCUGUAUCGUGCGCGGUACCUCCUGCUCCUGGAGCACGGCGAGGAUCACCCCUACACCGCCACCCUGGACAGCAAUCUCGGGCUGAUCCUGCAGGUGGCGCUGCAGUGGGAGCCGGCUCUCCGGUUCCUGCACAGCGCUCUGGACGUCAACGUGAAGUUCCGUGGUGCCGUGAGCCUGCACUCCGCGCUCAGUCACCACCUGCUGGCUCAGGCUUACUACACCAAGGGGGAUUUCCGCAGCGCCGUGGCCCACGAGAGAGAGGCACACUCCGGCUACAGAGCACAGUUGGGUGACAGUCACAAGCAGACGAAGGCGAGCUCUCGGUUCCUGAGCCUCGUCACGCAGCAGGCUGUGGAUUUGCAGAGAUCCCUGAACGAGAUCUGCAGGAGCGGCUCCGGGGCUGUGGCACCCCUGCAGAUCUCACUGCCCAGUUUGGAGGACACACUGGAACAACUGAGCUUGAUCAAUGGGAUUCUCUGUGUCUCUGCCAGCAUUAAUAGCGAGGAACCCACCAAUAACAGUGAUGCCACAGCAAAGCUGGAAGAGCUGGCAUCCAAUCAGAAUAAAGAGGUCGAAUUGCUGGCCAAUGAGACUUCAGAUACAAAAACAGAUGUUCCAGCUUUAGUGCACCAAGUGGAGCUCAACACCAAUGAGGAAACAGCAACUGAAGCGCUAACCAAUGGGAAUGCAGAUGCAGAGAGAGCCCCGCCCCUUCCAAUCCAAGAAGAAUUCUCAUCCGAUGAGGAAACAGUCAUUGAAGAUGUGACCAGUGAAGACAGAGGAGCAGAGAAAGACAUGCCAACCUCAAACCAGGAAGAAAUACUAUCUGAUGAGAAGACAAGCCCGUCACUUGUGACCAAUGGGAAUAAUCCAGAAACAGACACAUAGCUAGAGGAUCUGUGGGCCAGUCCAAUCAAGAUUACUAUAGACGGGCUUGAAAGCGUUACUAAUGAACUUGCUCAUGUCACGUUACCAUACCAUGUUUAAUUAACUAGUAUCGGGAGUUCCUAGUUCAUUAAACAGUAAUUACAAUUCUGUCUAAAGCUGAAAUGAGGCUGUACCCUCUCUUUUUAAAAUGGGACACACUUCUCUCCGAAACUCUUCCUCUGAUCCCUUCAACACUGAGCCGUGUACCCCCAGUCCAAACAGCAGCUCUGCCAGCUCAGGCAGAGACUCUUAGACACACUCUCCAUGCACUCGCUAACUGACUGACUGCAACAGGCUGCACAAAACUGGUAGCUUCACAUGCGGUGGAUUUAUCAGAAAGGGUAUUUUUAUUCACAGAUUGCUGAUGCUGAUAUUUUUUCUUUAUGAUACAGUAUUUGGCUUUGCGGUGGCUUGUUUCAAUAAAUAAAGAACGCUUAAAAUGAUGUGUUUGUGGAAGACCUUUUUUUUUUUUUUUGCAC